AUGUCUGCCAAAGAUAGUCAGUCAUCAGGAGAGUCAUCAGGAGAGUCAUCACCCCUUCUUCCCAUCACUUCCCAGCAAUUCACACAGAUCUUCUCUUUGGAGGAAGAGUAUUCUAAGGGAGAUGAGGAGAGUUCAAAUGAAGACUCUCUGUUUUCUGAGGAGGAAGAGUCUCUGGAGGAUGACCAGUAUCUAGAGGAAGGUGACUCUCUGGAAGAUGACCAGUAUCUAGAGGAAGGUGACUCUCUGGAAGAUGACCAGUAUCUAGAGGAAGGUGACUCUCUGGAAGAUGACCAGUAUCUAGAGGAAGGUGACUCUCUGGAAGAUGACCAGUAUCUAGAGGAAGGUGACUCUCUGGAAGAUGACCAGUAUCUAGAGGAAGGUGACUCUCUGGAAGAUGACCAGUAUCUAGAGGAAGGUGACUCUCUGGAAGAUGACCAGUAUCUAGAGGAAGGUGACUCUCUGGAAGAUGACCAGUAUCUAGAGGAAGGUGACUCUCUGGAAGAUGACCAGUAUCUAGAGGAAGGUGACUCUCUGGAAGAUGACCAGUAUCUAGAGGAAGGUGACUCUCUGGAAGAUGACCAGUAUCUAGAGGAAGGUGACUCUCUGGAAGAUGACCAGUAUCUAGAGGAAAGUGACUCUCUGGAGGAUGACCAGUAUCUAGAGGAAGAUGACUAUCCGGAGGAGGAAAAUUUGUAUGAGGAAGGCUAUCUGGAAAGGGAACUCAAAGAGACUUCUUCAUCACAAACUCCGUCUAAUCUUAAUGCAAGAAGCCCAGCUGCUGGCGUCUCUCAGGUGACUACCCUCCUCACUGUCCAUCCUCCCAUCUCUGAACUUGCCAGCAAAUCUUCUUACUACGACACAAAGUCUUCCACAUCCUUCACAAGGGAUGCUGGAGGAUCUCCGUCCUGGCAAGACCAGAGCACGCAGACGGAGCACGUCUACGGGACCAAGGCAAAAGCCGUGAAGAUCGUCUCUCAGAGAAAACUUUGGGAUAGUAUAUUAAAUGAGCCUACUGACACAGUGGAAGUCAAGGGACUCAAAGACAGUCUUUUUAAGAGCUCCUAUCACUCAGUAUUUAAAACCGUGGUCAAAGAAAUGGCUGCUCACAAUGAACUGGAAGAGGAUAUUGACAUUCCCCUGACUGGCCACCUGGAGAGUGAAACCAGAAGGAAACUGGUAAUUCUGUUGAAGACAAAUUUGGAAAAGUACAAGGAAGUAAUCCAUUGGAUUAUGAAGAAACGUGCAACUCCAGAGUUGAUUACUUGCUCAUAUUGUUUACACGACCAAUCACCACAAAUUGAGCAGCCCAAGAAAAAAGAAGUCAAAAAACCUGAUCGUAUUGUUACUCGUGAGAAGAAAUUCGAAAUAGAUAGAGAGUGGGUAAAGAGCAACAUUAAGGUGCAUGAAGGUGAUGUAAAAUUAAUUCUCUAUCCCAAUGAGAAUGUCUUCCGAAUUCUCUUUCCUGAUGGAUCAGGCCAGAUAUAUUAUCCAUCAGGAAACCUGGCUAUGCUCAUCCUCAGUGCGAAAGAGAGCACAUUCACAUUUAUCAUUCUGGAAGACAGUGAAGGCAGUGAAGAAACGUGUAUCCGGGCCCUUAUCAACAACAACGGCCAUGUCACCUUCUAUGAUGAAAACAGAGAAAUCUGGUUGAGCCUGAGCCAAAACUUGGGCUACUACUUUGCCAAAGGCAAACCCCAGAAGGCCUGGAAUUGGUGGAACCUGGACCUCCAUGUCCACGCACCCCCUGUCCAGUCUAUCUCCUUAAAUAUCAACCAGUACAUCAAGAUACAAAUCAGGAGCCAAGAUAAGAUCAUCUUCUGCUUCACCCACCAAACAAAGCAUAUUUGCUUAAACCUGGGCACCAAGUACAAGUUCAUCACCCCAGAGAUGCAGAGUGAAAUGAAGAACAAAGCACUCCUGGAGGUGGAAUUUAGUUCAACGGCUCGGAAGAUCCAGGUCCUUCUGAGGAAAAUGAGUAGGAUCCUGAAUUUCCUGACCAUCUACGACUUGAAAAACUUCCUAGAGAACAACGAGAUCUUGCUGGUGGUGGAAAACAUGAGAAAAUUAUCUUAUUUCUCGAAGAAGGCCAGUUGCCCCAUUGUCCAGGGCUUCUCCAGCACCCACUGA